CCAGCAGAUUUUCUUAAAAUAGGUCCACCAGUGAAACAGGACCAUGAAACAUCUGAGGAAGAUCUAGCUCAUACUUUUCUUCAGAGGUUGAUGAUGUUAGACUACAGAGCCAGAUAUAUUCCUGUAAGACAAGACAGUGCUGAGGUGAGCCACUCAAAUCCUGUUGCAGAGCUUGAUUCUUCAAACAUAAAAGAAAGUGUUUUAGGUUUUUUUAGCACCAACGUUGACUGUGAUCAAUCAGAUCAGACUCAUGUUCAUCCAAUGGACGUUCAAAUGGCAGUAUUUCACUGCUCAGACAGCUUCCUUAAGCAGAACAUGAUGACAAAGCUGUCACAGUGUCAGUACGCCUUACCUUUGCUUGUUCCUGACCCAGUCACACUGGAUGUUGAGUGUCCUCUGUGGACAUUCAGACAAAUAAGAAAAACCUGGAAGACAACUCAAAUCAAGGGUGAUUCAAACAUUGUCACCAUGAAGAGUUCACCCAUCUGCAAAGCUGAGACACCCAUGGUGUCAUUUUUCCGCCUGGGUUCACUGUCAGUGUCUAAAUCUCAGCUGAUGAACACUUUGAUCAACGAGCGUCACAACACCUUCUUCCACAGAAACUGCCCAGGUAGCACCAGAUCUCGCCUUUUGAUGGAUGGUGUGGCAGAGAUUGCCUGGUACUGUCCUGCUGGAAAACCCAACGAUGCCUUCACUGACUGCACUGCCUUCUGUAAUCUUCAUGGUGAUGCUCUGUCGAUUGAAAAACAGCUUAAGAUACUGACUGAAAAAUCUUCAGUCAAUGUUGUUCUGUUACCAACUCUGAAAAAAGGUGACAAAAGUAAUGAAGUUAUCUCAGAUCUUGUGAAGUCUCCAAAGCCUCUGAUUUGUCUCAUUACUGAUAAUGAUCGUGUUGCAGUUCAGAUGAAAAAGGGAAAAUAUAAAAUGGGUCUAAAAGACAGAAGCCAGUCAGAUGUUUCUGAAGAACUGAAAAGGAUCAUUAGAGAGAUCUUGUCUGGAUCACAAACAUCUUUCCAGCUUGAAACCAUGGCCGAGGUCUCUGGGAUCAGAGUGGAUGAAGAAGACACAGUCUGCCAAAAAGGAAAAUCUGCUGCUAUGGAAACAGUGAAUUUACUUCAGGGGAUGGAAAUUUCAGAAAUCAAAGAUAAGUUCCUCCCUUGUCAUGGCCGACUGUGGCAUGAGUGGUGCAGAAUAAAGAAAGAACUGUAUCACCUCAAAGGAAACGUUGAGAAGGACAAAAGUGAAAAGCAACAGGAACUGAUGAAAAUACGAGAAAAACAACAUGAUGCUUCCUGUAGUGAACUGGUGAAGUUGUUCAUUGAAAGUCUCUCAUCUUUGCCAUCAACAGACAAAGAGUAUUUCCUGAAAUGGACUCAGAUCUUAAUAGACGCCCUCUCCACAGACGAUCUCACGUCAAUUCUCCAAAGCUAUGAUGAGAAGUGGUCUGAGGUCUUGGCUCUGAAGAAGAAACGUGACAAAUCUGAUCUGUUAAAAAGAAAACAAACUGAGCUUGAACAAAUAUCAACAAAACUACAAUCAGCAACUUUUGGCUUGGAGCACAUCUUUAGAGAAAUGGGGCAGAUCUAUGAAGCCCAUAAAUCUCUACAGAGACAAACAAAGAGGGGUCAGACUGACUGGUCUAAAUACCCUGAGCUGGCUGCAGAGCUGAUAAUAUCAGGACAUCCCAUGGAGCUGAUGGAUGGUGAUGCAGGUCAUGUGCCUUUGACAUGGAUCUCUAGUCUUUUAGAGGAAGUCAUCAAGAGACUGGGUGACCAGAGAGUGUUUGUGUUGUCAGUUUUGGGCUUACAAAGCAGUGGAAAAUCAACAAUGCUGAAUGCCAUGUUUGGGUUGCAGUUUGCAGUGAGUGCUGGCAGAUGCACCAAGGGUGCCUUCAUGCAGCUGAUCAAAGUGUCAGAGGAGAUGAAGAGAGACUUUAAGUUUGACUAUGUGCUGGUGGUGGACACUGAAGGACUGCGUGCUCUUGAAUUAGCAGGUAACGCCGCUCUUAACCACGACAAUGAACUGGCAACAUUUGUUGUUGGUCUGGGAAACAUGACAUUGAUCAACAUCUUUGGAGAGAAUCCAGCUGAGAUGCAAGAUGUUCUGCAGAUUGUUGUUCAGGCUUUCAUGAGGAUGAAGAAAGUCAAACUUUCUCCAAGUUGUGUGUUUGUUCACCAGAAUGUGACAGAUAUUUCAGCUGCAGAGAAAAACAUGGAGGGAAAGAGACGCCUGCAAGAAAAACUGGACCAGAUGACCCAACUAGCUGCCAAAGAGGAGGUUUGUGAUGCAGAGUGUUUCAGUGACAUCAUUGCAUUUGAUGUGCAAAAAGAUGUGAAAUACUUUGCCCAGCUUUGGGAGGGAAGUCCACCUAUGGCUCCUCCAAAUCCAGGUUAUAGUGAGAGCAUCCAAGAGCUGAAGAACUUCAUCCUCUCUAAAGCUUCACAGUCUGAUGGGAUUACUCUGUCACAGUUCAAAAGCAAAAUUCACGACCUGUGGGAUGACCUGUUGAACGAAAACUUUGUUUUCAGUUUCAAAAACACACUUGAAAUUGCAGUGUACAGAAACCUUGAGGUUCAGUACGGGAACUGGACCUGGGCUCUGAGGAGCAACAUGUUGACCAUUGAAAACCAGCUGUACAACAGAAUUGAAAAUGGAGAUCUUGACAAGGUUGAGCUCAGUUAUCUUUCUAAAGAAAUGAGCAAAACAUAUGGAGAAAUCCAAAAAGAAAUGUCAAAGCACUUUGAUGAUGACAGAGACAAAGAAAUCUUGGUUCAGUGGCGAGGCACAUUUGAAAACAAAAUCAAGGAGUUUCAUGAAGAACAGGUGAGAGGAGUGAAAAGAAAACUGGAUGAAGUUAUCCAGCAGAAGAAGGCUUGUAAAAAGCUUGAUGAUCAGAAGACAGAGUUUGAGAACAAGCUGCUACAGAAGAGCAAAGAGCUCGCUCAUCAGUUAAAACACAAGACACAAGAUGAAAAGAAACUUAAACACCAGUUUGACUCUGUUUGGAGCGACUGGGUGAGAGAACUAACUGCAGAUACAAAACCUAUUGAAGACAUCAACUUGGAGAAAGAUCAGUCAACUAUCCUUCAAGAGCUUGGUUUUGAAUGGGAUCUUAUUAAUGAUUCCAAAAACAGUGGCAGAUACAAAAACAUAUCAGGGGUUCGUGAUUACUUUCAUUAUGUGACACUAACCAAGUAUCAGGAGCGUAGUGACAAAAGCCAACAGUCUCAAGAGAGGGAAAAGUUCAAAAGAGAAAAGGAGAAACUUAGACAAUUCGGUGACUUUGUUUCAGAAACAACUAUAAAGGUAAUAAGUUACAUUAAGGGGAUUUUUCAGCAAGAAGAUCAACAACUGAUCAGAUCCCUGAUUAACAAUCUUGAAAAACAGUCACUUGAUACAAUCAAGAACAAACCUGUAGCUACAAGAGGCUACAGUCCAACUUAUUUGCAAGAAGUUGCCAAAAAUGUCAAAGAGAAAGUGAAAGAAUUUGAAUCAGAGAGGAAAUAUGCUCUGAAGAAGAAGUUUACAGUUGAUCUCUUACUGUAUGUGUUUGACAGAGCAGGGACUUGGCUUUCAGAGUCCCACGAGAAAUUCAACAAGAAGAAUGAUGUACGUACUCAUCUAGAAAGCAAGAGGGAUCCAUAUUACAACAUUUUCAGAAGCUUCUGUGAAGGAAACUCUUCUGCUGUUGUACUCGGAGAACUCAAGAAAAAAACUGCGUGAUAGAGAAAACAAUUGAACCAGC